AUGGUGAACGUUCCAAAAACUAGAAAAACCUACUGUAAAGGUAGAGAAUGUCGUAAACAUACUCAACAUAAAGUAACCCAAUACAAAGCUGGUAAAGCUUCAUUAUUUGCUCAAGGUAAAAGAAGAUAUGACAGAAAACAAAAAGGUUAUGGUGGUCAAACUAAACCAGUUUUCCAUAAAAAAGCUAAAACUACCAAAAAAGUUGUUUUAAGAUUAGAAUGUGUUGUUUGUAAAACUAAAGCUCAAUUAUCUUUAAAAAGAUGUAAACAUUUCGAAUUAGGUGGUGAUAAAAAACAAAAAGGUCAAGCUUUACAAUUUUAA